AUGAGCACGACGGAAUUGGGAGAAUUUCUAAUAAAUGUCACCGAUGGGCCGGAAGGGCUCAUCGGUGCUGGUGGCGGUGCUGGCAAUAACACGGCCACCGGCACCGCUGCCGCCGCCGCCGCCGCGACACAGUUGCUCUACUGCGGGAAGGCCCUAGAUGACUUCCACACCAGCUACGCCAAGGUGCACGGGAUGGUCUGUUUGCUGGUGUGCAUCUUCGGCAGUAUCGCCAACACGCUCAACAUCGUCGUGCUGACGCGCCGCGAGAUGCGGUCGCCAACGAACGCAAUCCUAACCGGACUGGCCAUCGCCGAUCUGCUGGUGAUGCUCGACUACAUGCCGUACGCGGUCAACUCGGUCCCGUACCUGCGGGUUUCGCGCGAGGAUCGCCUCACGUACGGUUGGGCCUGGUACGUCAUGUUCCACUCGAUCUUCGCCCAGAUUUGCCACACCAUCUCGAUCUGGCUCACGGUGACCCUGGCGAUCUGGCGCUACAUUGCCGUGGCCCACCCGCAGAAGAACCGCCAGUGGUGCGCCAUGUCCAAGACGCUGGCCGCCAUCUUUAGCUCGUACGUCGUCUGCCCGUUCCUAGCCAUACCGAUCUACCUCUCGUUCAGCAUCCAGUCCAACGUGGAAAUACUGGGCAGUGACGGAAAUCCUCUGUCGCGCGACUCCGAUGACACCGGCCACAACGUCACGCUGUUUCGUCUCGGCACGUCACAGCUGGUCCGCGACAACCCAGCGCUGCUGAACGUCAACUUUUGGAUCUACAGCGUUGUGUUCAAACUUAUACCCUGCAUCGCCCUCACGAUUCUCAGCCUGCGGCUGAUCGGAGCGCUGGUCGAGGCGAAGCAGCGGCGCAGCCAGCUGACCGGGACCGCCACCGGGAUGAAGCAGAUCGUGGACGGGCGGGUGGUGGACGCCAAGGGUGGCAAGCAGACGGACAAGGAGAAGCAAACCGAUCGCACCACGCGCAUGCUGCUGGCCGUGCUGCUGCUGUUCCUCAUCACCGAGUUCCCGCAGGGGAUCCUGGGCCUGCUGAGCGCCGUGCUGGAGAAGGACUUUUUCUUCAACUGUUACCUCAAACUCGGCGACGUGAUGGACGUCCUGGCACUGGUCAAUUCGGCGAUCAAUUUCAUCCUGUACUGCUCGAUGAGCCGCCAGUUUCGCAGCACGUUCAACGAUCUGUUUCGGCCGCGAAUCCUGGACCGGUGGAUCGCGGUGCCCCAGACGGAGGCGGAAGAAACGGGCGGCCGGCCGGGCCAUCUGGAUGCCGCGACGACGCAGAUCACGCAGAUAUAG